GGGAAGGGGGUGCCGCUGAGACAGCUGGCGGAAGGCAGGCGCUUGUAGGGCGCUCUGCUAGCUUUUCUUCCCCGGUCCGCGGGGCCGCUGCGGGCGCCCACGCCACGUCCCAUGGAGGCGCCGGGCGGACAGCAAGAACCGGCGGCGGCAGGAUCGGGGCCCAGCGGCUCAGAGGAGAUCGACCUGUCCUUGGAUGACAUCAUAAAGCGCAACAAGAAAGGACAUAUAAUGGCAACAGGGAACAGAUGGAGGCAGCAGCUCAAGAACAGAAAACCACCCUACAGCAAUGGAAGACCUCGAUUUCGAAUCUGGGCACCACAAAGUGCACAAGGACCCUACAGGUUUCGAGGAGGGUUUAGAAAACAGCAGUAUUACAGAAAACAGUUUUGGAAUGGCAUGACUGGUCCCAGGCAAAGAUCAGCCACUGGGCCAAAUGGCACAAGUCCCUUAAAUCGGCCAGCAUCAACUGAACAGCAGAGCCAACAAGAUGAAACCAUGUUGGAGGGGAACGGUGAUGGAGUAGCAGCCAAUCCACAGCAGGGACAGCCCACACGAGUCAAGCAGUUCAGAGGCCCAAAUGCUUUCCCACCCACACAACGGCCUUUCCAACUAAAUCGAAGACCAGCUUUUAUGCAGAGGCAAUCCAAGUUCAACUUCAGCAGAGGGCAAAAAGAGUCAAGUUCAGGCAGGAAACAGCCAUGGAUGAGAAGGUGGCAGCUUCAACCCAGCUCUGGAGCUGUCCUGACCAUUUCUGUGUCUAACCUACAAGCUAAUCAAAUUAAAACGCCAGGAGCCAAGCGCCCAUUCUUGAGAGGGAGGAGCACCCCAACAAAGAUGACGCUUCCUAAGCCCAAAGGGGUGCCUUUGAGGUUCAACUUCCGUGCCAUGGCUAACCAGACAAGCUUGACCUUGAACGAAAGGUUCUCUGGCCUGAGGCACAAGCGUCGUUUUACAGCACUAAGAAACACAAGCCGUAUGGUCACUCUGCCAUAACUGUGCCCUCUUGGUGGAUUCAGACCAGCUCUGGAAAAGGAUCCAGUCACUGAACCCUACUGAUUUUCUGCCACUUCCUUAAUGAUGUUUUGGGAUCAUCUCGACACGGUUAUGGACCCAUCUAACCUAACAUCACUGAAGUUUCUGCACAAUGGUGGCCCAUGGACCAGGGUCAGACUCUUCUUUCAAGCCUCACCACUAUGGCCCAGGCAAUAUCACCCUCAAGUUUUUGGCUUGGGGUAAAUGGAGUUUGGUUUGAGGCCCUUGAGGGAGCCAGUGCCAGGCCUGAUCUUGGUUAUGAGAGAGUGACAUGGGAAGGAAGGAAGAAGUCCUCAUCUUUGUCCUUCAACACACUUAGAGGGAUGAGUCAGCAUUGUCUCGUUCAUGAUAACUUUGCAACUUCACACCUUUGAUUCAGGACUCAGGAGCCACUUGUUAUUAGUUCCCUUUCUGCACUGAGAUCAGAAGGCAACACUGCUUGGCUGAGUAGGGAAGGAAUGUUGUAUGUGUGUGCUGCAUAGGGAAUGUGGGUGGGAUUUUUGUGUGUUUUGGUGGGGAGGGUGGCCUGGAAAGCACUUUUACAGAUAAGUUUGAACAUUUGGUUGUGAUGAGCUACUAAUACACUUAAUAAAACCAUUUUAGAAGCUUCACAA